CAAAGUUUUUCCACGGCGCAUUUUAAUUUUCCGGCCAUUAGUAGUGUGGCAUGUCCACCGACGAAGACUCCCUGGGCAGUCCCCUCAAGCCGGCCACGCCCACGCCGGCGGAACGGGAGCGCGAGCGUCCACGGGGCGGACGAGCCGGUGCAGCGGAGCUGCUGCGCCACCAACAGAGCUUCGAGGCACGGUACAGCAGCAUCAUCCAGAAGCAGAUCUGGGAGACGAGCAUCAACAAGGAUGUGCUGGAGCGUCAGCUGAAUGCCUACUUUCCCUUCUCCCGCAGCGCCUCGCUCUCCAAGGAGGCUUUGGGAUCCACAUCCGUAGAACUUGAUCACCUCCUGCCCUCAGCAGCAGCAGCAGCAGCGGGCGGAAGUGUCAUGAAAUCUCGCUCGUUGGCCACCACGCCCACCAGGCGUCCCGUGGGAGUUUGCCUGGAGAAAUUGGAGACCGUGGACGUGGCCUCCGUAUCGGAGAAGCCGCAGCUUGGAAAAUAG